AUGAUUCAAAAAUUGGAUAAAUUAGUUUUCAUUUUAUUAAUCUUUCUGAAUUUAAGCGCAGUUCAUUGUAAAAGUAUUGAAAAUGUGAAGACAAGGCCAAAUAUUGUGAUAAUCGUAGCAGAUGAUCUUGGCUCAUACGAUGUCAGCUUGAGUGGGAAUGAUGAAAUCUUGACGCCAAACAUCGAUGCUCUGGGCUAUCAGGGAGUAGUCUUCAACAGGCACUACACUCAGGCCUUAUGUGGACCCUCAAGGGCUGCCCUUCUAACAGGGAAGUAUCCUAUCCACACGGGAAUGCAGCAUUUGGUUAUUCUCCCAGAUGAACCACGAGGAUUACCUCUAAGUGAGAAGCUCCUUCCGCAGUAUCUGAAAGAAGUCGGUUACAAGACUCAUAUCGUUGGAAAAUGGCAUUUGGGCUAUGCCAGAAAGAGCUUUACUCCCACACUUAGGGGUUUUGAUACUCAUACCGGAUUCCUUGGGGGCUAUGUAACCUACUUCAAUUAUACUGCGUGGUUUAGCAACACUCCCUAUACACCAGGAUUUGAUUUCUACCACAAUGAAAAAGUCUAUAACGAAACGGUUGGGGAAUACUUAACAGAUGUCCUAACUAAUAGAGCUUCAGAGAUUAUUGGGAAUCAUAAUCCAGAACAUGAUCCAUUAAUGCUUUAUUUGGCACACGGAGCACCACAUGCAGUAGAUAUUAUGGAAAAACUUGAAGUAAAUCCUGAAGAUCUGGAAACAGUAGCCCAUAUCAAAGAUCCAGAUAGGAGAACUUACGCUGCCAAAGUUAAGGCGUUAGAUCGAUCAGUGGGAAAAGUUGUUACAGCUCUCAAGGAAAAGGAUAUGCUUGAGAAUACAAUUAUUUUAUUCUUCUCCGACAAUGGAGCACCCAUAGAAGGACUCUAUGCCAAUGCUGGAUCAAAUUAUCCGUUAAGGGGGCAAAAAGAUAGCCCAUGGGAGGGAGGAGUUCGUGGCUUAGCAGCUGUUUGGAGUCCUCUAUUCCAGAAGCGUCACUACGUCUCCUCGCAUAUGAUUCAUGUAACAGAUUGGCUACCAACUUUUCUUCGGGCAUCAGGUGCUACAACGUAUAAAUCAGAAAACAUUGAUGGCUUGGACAUUUGGUCAACGCUUGAUUACAAUAAACCUCCCGCUCGUGAAGAAAUGGUUCAAAAUAUUGAUCCAAUUGAUGGGUACACUGCUUAUUACUACAACGGAUGGAAGUACAUCAAUGGAACAACUUCUGGUGGAGUUUAUGAUUAUUGGCUUGGCUCUAGAAGUUUUGACCUCAAUCCUGAAGCUUCAUCUUAUGCCGAUGUUGUCAUGAAGAGUCCAGUUUGGCAGGCUCUCAAUCCUUUCGCAACGAGGCUUCUUAAGCCAAGUGAUGUUGAUGAUAUCAGGAGAAAGACAAAGAUAACUUGUCAAAGACAGUACGAGACUUUAAAUACCUGCAAUCCUCUUAAAGCUCCCUGCUUAUUCUAUCUCGAUGCAGAUCCAUGUGAAAUGAACAAUCUAGCUGAUGCACAGCCAGGAAGAGUGGUGGAGUUGCAGAAAAGAAUUAAAGAAUUGGAAAAGACGAUGCUUCCCCCGGGAAAUCUUCCUUCGGAUCCAAAGGCAGAUCCUGCUCUAAACGAUGGACUUUGGACGUGGUGGCUUGAUCGAGAAGAAUUAUGA